AUGCCAGACGACAGCAAAGUCAUGUCGUCCGCCGACAUCGAGGACACACAUUCCGUCAAGAUGGGAGAAGUUUCCUCAGCCAACGUUGAUGUGGCGGCUGCCUAUGCUCAUCAUCUCACGGGGGAGAAUGCGUAUACAAGAAAAGAAGCGACACGCUUGCGAUGGAAGCUAGACCUGCGUCUUGUGCCUUUGCUCUGGUUCAACAUCACGCUGGGCGCUAUGGACAAAGUGACGACAGCUACAGCGGCCUUGUACGGCUUCCGAGCUGAUACUGGCUUGACUGGAGAUAGAUACAGCUGGGUCGGCAGUGCAUUCUAUUUCGGUUAUCUGUUCUGGUGCCUACCGAGUGGCAGCCUCCUCCAACGCUUCCCGAUCGCCAAACUAAUGUUUGUCGUCCAACUCCUCUGGGGCUGCAUUCUCAUCGCGACUGGCUUUGCCAACAACUUCCCCACGCUUAUCGCACUUCGUGUCCUUCUUGGAGCCCUUGAAGCGCCCAUUGUACCCGGCAACUUCCUCAUCAUCAGCAUGUGGUACCCGCGACGUGAGCAACCUCUUCGAACCGGCUUGAUGUAUACGGGUCUUUCUGUGUGCUUCACUGGCCCAAUCGGAUACGGUAUCGGAUUCCUAGCAGGCGAACAUCAAUGGCGCGCUAUGUUCUGGAUCACAGGCGCAAUGACUAUUGUAUGGGCUUGUGUGAUCGGUAUCUUCUUACCCGACAAUCCUGUCAAGGCGAAGUUCGUCAGCGAGCGACAAAAGGCCAUCGUAAUUGACAAAAUCCGGCAAGAUCAGACGGGAGUGGAGAACAAAACGUUUAAGAAAGACCAGAUGAUUGAAGCCUUCCUUGAUCCUAAGACGUGGCUGAUGUUCUUCUUUCAUAUCUGGAUCAGUAUUCCGAACGGAGGUUUGACGAACUUCACGCCUCUCAUCAUCAAAGGUCUCGGCUACUCGUCUCAACGCUCGACGCUCCUCACAAUGCCUACCGGUAUCUUGCAGACCAUAGCGUCAUACGUUUGCAAUGGCGGGGUAUUCCUGACUGCGAAGUAUCUUCCGGCAAAACAAUUACGUACCGCUUGGGUCAUGUUCGGUAUCAUCGUCGGUAUGAUCUCAGCAGUCUUCCUAUACGUCCUGCCGCUCGACAACUACAACGGGCGUCUCGCAGCGUUAUACUGCUCCUAUUUCUACCUCGGACCCUAUAUCGUUGCCCUCGGUAUCAACACGGCAAACACUGCGGGCCAUACGAAGAAAGUCACUGUCAAUGCGCUGGUUUUUAUCGCAUACUGUAUCAGCAACAUCAUCGCGCCCCAAUUCUUCAAGGCCGACCAGGCACCGCUGUAUCCACUUGGUAUGGGUGCUGUGCUGGGAAGCUAUGUUCUUUCGAUGAUCACCAUCGCUAUGUAUGCGACGUAUUGCUGGUAUGAGAACCGCAGACGAGACCGCAUCGACUCUGAUAAGGGUGGAAGGGUGCACGCAGAUACUGACUUCCGCGACUUGACUGACAAGCAAAACGUGCACUUUCGAUAUGUAUGUAUCAUGCCAAAACUCGACAUAUCCGUUCAAGAUGAGCAGAAGGCUUUCGAAGCUGAUGUAGCUGCUAUCGAAAAGCAAUGGAGCUCUGCAAGGCAAUCGCAUUUGAAGCGACCAUACACUGCAAGCACUAUAGCCGCGCUUCGUACUUCCAUCCCCGCUCCCUCGGAAGCCUCCUCGAUCCAGGCCAUCAAGCUUUGGGAGCAGCUUAACGCCCACAACAAAGCCGGCACGUGCGAGUUGACAUUCGGUACCACCGAUCCGGUAGCCGUUUCGCAGAUGGCCAAACAUCAGCAGACUGUCUACGUAUCCGGUGCUUUAUGCGGAUUCUCGGAAGUCGCACUCCCCGGAAUGGACCACGCCGACUACCCUUGGGAUACCGUGCCGAAGGUUGUUUCCAAGAUCUUCAAGAGCCAGCUUUGGCACGACCAGCGCCAACGACAGUACCGGUUGCGACAUCCGAUUGAGGACCGUGAAAAGCUGGAGAACUGGGACUACAUGGCGCCAAUCGUCGCGGAUGGCGACAUGGGCUUCGGUAGCCUGACGAGUACGAUGAAGAUGGCGCGCGAGUUCGUGGACGCCGGUGUAGCAAUGAUACACAUUGACGACCUUGCUAUUGGGAUGAAGAAGUUUACUGUUGGUCAAGGGCGUACUAUUGUGCCGACGCAAGAGUACCUGGAUCGCUUGACAGCUGUGCGGAUGCAAUUCGAUGUCAUGGGUGCGGAGACGCUACUGCUAUGCCGCUGCGACACGGACCAUGCCGAGUUCAUCACCAGUGUCGUCGACGAGCGCGACCACGAGUAUGUGCAGGGGGCGACAAAGAAGGUGGAGCCGUUACAGAAGUGUCUUGCGGCUGCGCAGAUGAAGGGGCAAGAUUUGAAGGCUGCGCGGAACGAGUGGAAGGCAAAAGCGGGGAUGAAGACUUUCGAUGAGGCUGUUGAGACCGUUGCGUCGAAAGAAGAGUUUGCCGCUUACAAGGCGGAGCUUUCGAAACGACAGGUUGCUUCUCUGUCAGACCGUCGCGACAUCGCAAACAAGACCGUGAAACAGGAAGUGUUCUUCGACUGGGAGCUGUCGCGAUCAGCAAUGGGACAAUACAUGAUCAAGAGCUGUGUCAAGGGUAUCGUCGAGCGUGCCAUCGCCGCUGCGCCACUCGGAGACGUGACCUGGGCGCGUAUGGACUCUCCGAACUGGGACGACAUCGUCGAGUUCCACACCGAAGUUCGCAAAGCGUAUCCAGAUCGGCUCUUUGCCUUUGGCUACACCGGUGACUACGACUUUGCGAAAGCCGGGUUCAGUGAUGACCAGGUUAAGAAUCUUCAUCUCGAUCUUGCCAAGCUAGGCAUCGUGUGGCAGGUCCAGCCGAUCUGGAGUCUGCAAGGUCUGAACAUGGUGACGGAGCAAUUUGCGAAGAUGUGGCAGGACCAAGGUAUCGCUGGCUACUUGAAGUCGGUGCAAGGCCCAGCUCUUAGCUCAAAACCUAUGACUGAUGGGUUUGAGAAGUUGAGUUAUUGCGGUGGAUAUUUGGCGGAUGCUUUCUUCGAGACGGUCGCGGGGGAGUCUAUCGUAGACAAGGGCAAAGCAGCGUAG